AUGUUUGAAACUAAUUAUCGGGUCUUUUUUGCGAAAUCUGUCGCUCGCCUGCUUACACCCCCUUUGUUCAUCGCCUACUUCAUUUCUCGGUUCUUCUUGGAGUCACUCAAUGCCCUCUUAGUCCCUUUCUUCUACCUUGUCGUUUCUCUCAUUUGGGUCGUAUUGGUAAUUCAAUUUAAGGAACUUUCCCAGCACCUGGAUGCACGCAGACGUGGCGCUGUCCUCGUACCUAAAACUGGGCUGACAAUCGAGGGCGCUGAACUUUUCGAUGAGCUCAAUGCCGACACCGUUAACUUGCGUUUUCUGUGGAGAGAUAUCAUCCUUACUCGCGAGCCGCAGAUUAUUCAGAGCGUUCUUUCCACACAUUUCAGCGACUUUGAAAAAGGGCCUCUUCUCAAAAUUCGGGCUUUGACGCGUCCAUUUUUGGUGGGUCACCUUUAUGACUUAUUAAAACUCGACCCAUUCCUAAAUGGUGCCCCCCCAGCUAGAGAGCGUGUUCGCGAUCAUCACCUCUUUGACAAGUAUUCGAACAUAAUCAUAUCCCUGAUUCAACAGCGUUCUCUCCAGAACGAAUCUCUUGAUGUUCAGGACCUCUUUGGACGAUUGACUCUUGACGCUGCUGGAGAGUUCCUCUUUGGCACAACUGAUCUUCAAACACUAUCUCUGCCUCUGCCGCCUCCUGCUAAACGCUCGAAGCUUGGGCCUAAGGGCACCCGGCCAGAUGACACUGUCGCCGUCGGGACCUAUUCAGGAUUCGUAUGCGCAUUCGAGGAAGUCCAGGUCUCGAUAGUUCAUCGGUUCCGAUAUGGUCCACUGUGGCCGAUCGUUGAAUGGUUCAAAGACGCGACCCAAGAGCAUAAUGAAGCCAUUGACGCGUGGAUCGCACCCCUUAUAAAGAAGGCUCUUGAAGAUAAGAAAUACGAGCUGGCGAGAAGCUGA